AUGCAGUUUAGUAGGACUAUUGAGAGUUUUGGGGAAAUUGAUCUGACCAUUCCUCUGAAGGAUGAGCAUAACGGACUAUUGGUAAGUAUAAGAUAAUAUGGAAGAAACAUGGCCACGAACUUUAGAAAUCAGCCCGUUCUGAUGCCGGUUACAUUCGCCUUUCUUUGAGCCCGGAUCCGGAUUCUGAAUCCGUGGAUAUCAACUCUAAUCUGACAAGUCCAAAUCCAACCAAUGAAGGGGGUAAUGAUCAGUUAAAGUCAUCUUUAUAUUAUAAAUAGAUUACACAGAAAAGUAAUCCUAAUAUUUUCAGAUGGCCAGCCAAUUUUUCCUCAAAGACGUAGAUCAUCGCGCCUAGCUAGUCUCAAGUCGGAACUCAUUGAGAGUGGAGCUAUAUUCAGGUAUUUCCAGUACACAAAAUAUAUUUCAUCAUCAACCUUAUUGGUCAAUAAUAAUCAUCUUAUUGCAGACCUCCAUUUACUCCGUCGAACAGUCUAACGCGAAUGACCGCCGAUCAAACUCCUCGAGAACAGAUCGCUCAGGCAUUUGAUGUUCCUCCAAGUCCGCCAUCCCGAGCUAGUUCCAGGUAAAUUCAAGUCGGUAAAAUUCUAUAUCUUCUGAAGGGGGGUUAUUAAAUAACGGAGAUCAGGCCCUGUUGUGUUCCAAUCCACAAAAAAAAAGUUUUUCGUAACAGAUUUAGUUCCGCCAAAAAUUUUUUUGUUUAGUCAUUUCAUACGUCAUCGUCUCUGCUCGGCAAAGAUAGUCGGUUGACUCUCCUCAAGUCCUGAUCUUAAAACACGAUUUCUGAGUGAGUGUAGCAGCCCUUGACAUAGAAAAUUUCGACCUCGGGUUUUUUGCCUUAAUGUGACCGACAUCAUCCUAAAAACUUAUUGGCAAAACAGUUUUGCCUACUUCCGCCGUUAACAUAGUUGUUUUUACAAUUUAUUGUUUAUACAGUAAUCCACAAUAAUUCAGUAAUGACCAUACAGACAUUCAUGAAAUUGUGUACACUGAUGUUUUCGAACUCGUAGAUUUCAAAAAAAGUGGUUUUGACUCGUUAGGAUUACUGUAACAUACCAAACUGCCGAUUCGGCCGCCAAAAAUCGGCCGUAAAAAGUUUGUUUCUGAAAACCCACAGCUGAUUUUUACAUAUGUUAAUCAGCAUAAAAUUCUGCCCUAUAAACGUUAAAAAAAAGUCCAAAAAGUGGGGCGGCAUUUUUCAUGGUAUAGUGGUUUUCGGUCAGAACUACCAAUCCAGCGUCCCGAGUUCGAGUCCGCCUGGAUGCAAAACCCAAAAAUAAAGCGUGAAUUAGCUUUAAUGUGGUCUUGGGGUCUGUAUGAGGGAGACUGAAUAAUUUUAGACAUAGACGAUAUCCCUAUUAGAGAUAAAAAUGGAUUUUAUAUAAUUUUAGAUGAUAAAUUCGUGAAAAAUAAAACGUCUUCAAAUCGCUUGAAAUUGAUAAAAGAUCUUCUAGGAAUAAUUCUAAGCAACUUUUCCGUUAGGUUUUUUUGAUUGCUUACUGUACCAUGGAGUACUGUAACAUAAAACUUUUUUUCCUUAACCGUGGUUUUCUUCUAAAUUCUUCAAUGAAAUUUUGAAUUUUUUUGGUUGGCUUUUUUAAACGGUUCAAACCAUACGCGCUGCAUAUUUAAAAUAAAAGUCCAUCUCUAUUCCAGUGUGUAUUCAUAUCAUCGUCAAUUGGUGAAACUUCGGGAGAUUUCUCAGAUCUUUUGAAUCGUACGGCCAUAGAAACAUUUUGGUGUCCCAACCGACUCAUUCUUAACCAUUUCUAUCAUAACAGUGAUAGUCCGAUGCCUCUGCGCUCUGUGGUAUGUGAAAAACUAAAUCGGGUUUUAUGUUACAGUACUCCAUGGUACAGUAAGCAAUCAAAAAAACCUAACGGAAAAGUUGCUUAGAAUUAUUCCUAGAAGAUCUUUUAUCAAUUUCAAGCGAUUUGAAGACGUUUUAUUUUUCACGAAUUUAUCAUCUAAAAUUAUAUAAAAUCCAUUUUUAUCUCUAAUAGGGAUAUCGUCUAUGCCUAAAAUUAUUCAGUCUCCCUCAUACAGACCCCAAGACCACAUUAAAGCUAAUUCACGCUUUAUUUUUGGUUUUUGCAUCCAGGCGGACUCGAACUCGGGACGCUGGAUUGGUAGUUCUGACCGAAAACCACUAUACCAUGAAAAAUGCCGCCCCACUUUUUGGACUUUUUUUUAACGUUUAUAGGGCAGAAUUUUAUGCUGAUUAACAUAUGUAAAAAUCAGCUGUGGGUUUUCAGAAACAAACUUUUUACGGCUGAUUUUUAGCGGCCGAAUCGGCAGUUUGGUAUGUUACAGUAAUCCUAAUGAGUCAAAACCACUUUUUUUGAAAUCUACGUGUUCCAAAACAUCAGUAUACACAAUUUCAUGAAUGUCAGUAUGGUCAUUACUGAAUUAUUGUGGAUUACUGUAUAAACAAUAAAUUGUAAAAAUAACUAUGUUAACGGCGGAAGUUGGCAAAACUGUUUCGCCAAUAAGUUUUUAGGACGAUGUCGGUCACAUUAAGGCAAAAAACCCGAGAUCGAAAUUUUCUAUGUCACGGCCUAACUAAAGGCUGCUUCACUGACUCAGAAAUCGUGUUUUAAAACAUGGCUCAUUUGGCAUUUUGCAAAAUUUAGACAAAAUCUAGCCGCCAUUUCAGAACGAGACAAGCGGUAGUCCUGUCCCCAGUCAUCCUUCUCGUAUUACUUUGUUCUUUAUUUAUGGGCAUGACUGGUUCUUUUGGAUUACCUUUAUAUCGUUUUUCCUUUUUAUUUCCACGUUGUUAAAUUGACUGUGAAACAAAAAAGAGUCGGGGAAGAGGGAAAGGAGGGAAGGCAAAUGCCAAAAGCGGCAUUAUUUUAUGUGGCCAUGCCGGAGACAUAAUGUAAUACGUCUUCAUGUCCUUAGGGCCGACAUUUGGUAGGCAAAUAUUCGGGGAAAUUGGAUCUCCACACCUUUUUUCUUUCUUUUCUGGUUGCCCUGUGAAGAAAAUUCCUGAUUCCCUGAGGCAUCUCGAACAUUUAGCGCAUUAGGGAGGAUGCGGGAAGUGAAAAGUUUGGCUGUGGGAAGUCCGGGGACUCGGGUGUCAUGUUUUGAAGGGCAUGCAUAAUGUUGGACGGGUAUUUCCGACCACUUUUCUUCUGACUGUCGACCAAAAGGACGGGUUUCGCGCCUCCAGAUGGCUAACGAAAUACAACGACACCUCCGAUGUACCCUAUAAUUAUUUAUGUUCGCUUUCCAAAAAACUUUUUCCAGUCGAAUAAUCCUUGAAUUUAAUAAACGCCGAACCAUUCAAAUCUUCCCGUUUUCUCGCUCCCUUUGUCGUUGAGGCCAUCUCCCAGCCCCUCAGGGCCCUUCUCUUUAAGGCCUUGCGAAAAUCUGAGCUCGUCUUUUUAUGGGGAGAGAAACUCAGUUUACUCGGGACCAACUCUAAACGGGUAUUAUAGAGAUUUGGGGAAUGUGGAGUCACCGGGCGACUUAAACCCGGACUUGGAUUACUGUAAAUGGAUGACUUAAAGCGAUUUUCGAUUAAUUUUUUCGUCCAAUUUUGGCAAGUUUGUUUCCUCGCAAGUAAAAUUUUGCGUUUUAUUUUUUGCACCUACAAGAUAUCACGCAAAAAACGCUUUUGCUUCAUAAAUCCCGCCCGUUUUUUACACCUAUUUUUAAACGUAAAGCCAUUUAUAAUAAUUUCCUUGCCAAUUUCCGCGUUGUUACACUUUUUUCUGCUCAAAAAAGUCAUAAUGAUCUCCGAUAUAUAACAUUUUAUACAUAAUUCCCUUGAGAAUUACGCAAUAAAACAGUAAUUAACGGUAAUUCCUAUUGUGCAAUCAAAAAUCGAGGGAAUUGCACGGGAACUUUACUCGUAUUUUCUUCGUAAACUGUCAACAGUUUAUUUUAGAGGUCUGUUAUGUCCAGACGGAUGUUUGAGACCUGUAAUUUACACCUUUUCAGGAAUUUUAGAUGCCUUGGGUACAUAGGAAAGGCAUUUUUUAGCCGUUUGUUGGUGAAAAAAUUGACAACUGCAUAUGUUACAGCAAAAUUUUAUUGCAGUCGCCGUAUCAUUGAAAAUUUGAGUAGAAAUUAUUAUCCGAAAUCUCUUCCCUCCUGAAAAGUCUCUGAGAUCUCCUUAAAGUCACUUUGGAUUAUUUGUUUUCUCCAGAAACGCCUUUUCCAGAAAUUAGAAUCCCCGUUUCAUCCAAUAGAAGGGACGGACAAAUGAUUGCUUUGAAUGGACAUUAGCCCCCAUCCUGUCGCCCAUUCUUUUCCCUUUCCUCUUUAAUCUCCGGAUAUUGCAAAAAGAAUCGCAAUGUUUUCAGAGAUUACCCUUCCAAAACGAGUGGUCUAGUGGAAGUUGCUUUGAUUUCUGUCUCAUUUUUUGGGUUUCAUUUAGAUUUGCUGAUAAAAAUAGCCGUAUUGUCCAAUCAGCAUCGCUAUCCUACAAUGCUGUUAAAAAAUAAAUUUUUUUGUCAUCCAUUGCAAAAAUCCGCUUGUUUAGAAUAAUCAUCCUUAUCCAUUGGACAUUUCCAGAAAGAAGUCAUUAUAAAAAUUCCUAUUUUUCUCGGAAAUGCACAUGUCCGGGAUAUUACAGACCUUUCUUUUUUACCUCACCCCCAUAGAAACCAAUUUAAAAAAAUAAUUUUGAAAAAUUCAGGAUGAGAUCGGCCUCAGUCCGACCGGGAUCACAGGCUUCGAAUGUGUCGAACGCAAGCAAAAGGGAGCCCAGUCUUCCGCCGAUGAAGAAUCGAUAUGCCCAUGUAAGAAGGUAAGGGGAUAUAAAAUGAUUUUAAUGAUUUGAUCCCAUAUUUAGUCGAGUGGACUCUCAUUCCAACCACAAACCGCCUCCAUCUCAGGUCAAGAUCCUUCACAAACCAGUCAAGAUCGAAGCCAGAAGUCGGGUUGGAUCCCUGGCCAACAUUACACAUGUUCCUGGUGGGUUUCUUCAAAGAAUCUUGUAGUUAAGGUUCAGACUCCGCAUUAGAGUAGGGGUACUCGAGGGAUAUCUGAAAUAUCUUUUUAGUUACCUCUUCUUAUAAAAGAUACUUUCCUUUAUAAGAUUAUAAGUAACUAAAGUCCCUAUACGAACACCAAUUUUGAUGUCAUCCUUUAGGUGGUGGAGACAAGAGAAUUCCCACUCAAAAACUCGAUUUCAAAUCCCGAGCUUCCCCCAGAAUUGAUUUCGGAGUGAAAGGAAAGGAAAGUGCCAAUGGGAGUGCCGCCAGCAGCAGACCUCCAUCUACAACACCCGUAAGUCCCCUUCAACAAGUUUAUGUCAUGUGAUUGCAACCCACAUUGCAAUUUAAAUGAUUUCAGAGUCAUUCUUCCCGCAGUAUGGACAGAAAUGGAGCGCCCCACAAGAGACCCGUCCAAGCGUAA